UUCUCAGUGUCAUUGGUUACUAUUGUGAACUGUUCUAUUCUGAUAGUGAUUCUGUCAGCUGGUGAAAUAUAGACUUUUAAAAAAUGGGAAACGCGCCAGUCAAAGAAGUAGCACAAGCAGCAGCCACAAAUGUCAUUGGCGGCACACCUCAGCCAGCUGAAAAGCCCAAGUGUAAGGCGUGCUGUGCCUGUCCGGAAACUAAGAAAGUUCGGGAUGCCUGCAUCGUAGAACGGGGCGAGGAGAAUUGCACUGAUUUGAUUGAGGCACAUAAAAAAUGUAUGCGAGCGCAGGGUUUUAACAUAUAAACAAACACAAAUACCCAAUAACACUAUCAAAACCAAUGUUUACUUAAACUAUCUGAAGGUCUGGAAUGUGGUCCAUGAUGAAGAAUAAUUGGAAUGCAUGCGCUUAUAGCUGUGUAAAUUAUUUUACAUUCUAUUUGUUACUAGUCUUAUUAUGUAAUCAGCAUAAAUGUGAGAGAAUUGUUAUCAUUUUAAGUGGAAUAUAACGAAAUCAAUAAUUUAAAGCAA